CCAGUAGCGGAAUAGCAAGCAGCAGCGGCAGCAGUGUGUGAAUGUGGCAAUCGAGGUAGACAGGGAGGGGUGGAAAUACUGACCGGACCGGGGUGGUUCUAAUUUUUGGGUCCUGUUUUGCUUUAUUUUUCGUUUCUUGUACCGCCAAGUCAUUACGGUUGACACCACGCAACGUUUAGGAACUUGUUUGCGGGGCUGCAGAGCCGGUUGGCGCUUUUCUUCGGGACCAAGUGCUGUCGUUGUGGAAAUAGUCCAGAAGAAAGAAGGGAAGGCAGGAACAACAUGGGGCGAUAAUAAAAAAAUGUGUUGUGUAGCGGACCGACGAUGACUCUCUGGGAGGACCCUUGAAGCCUAUUUAUUUUUUAUUUAUUACCCAUUUUUACCCCUACUCCCUGUAUCCUCUUUUGUAUUAUUCCCACCUUCUUAGUUUGGGAGAUUUUUUUUAAAGGAAAAGGCAACGUUACAAGAGGACUGAAGGAUGGACCAAGCCGGCAUCCUGAGAAACUUUAUCCAGAGGGUGAAGGCCAUGAGCAAAUUGGACGAAGACAGGGCAGAGGACAACUUCGGCAGCGACUUUAUGCGGUUGCGGCGGCUAUCAACAAAGUACCGAACAGAGAAGAUCUAUCCCACCAACGUAGGAGAGAGGGAAGAAAAUGUGAAGAAGAACCGAUACAAAGACAUACUGCCAUUUGACCACACUAGAGUAAAGCUGACAUUAAAAACAACCAAUCAGGACACAGAUUACAUCAAUGCAAACUUUAUAAAGGGUGUCGACGGCCCGAAAGCCUACAUCGCAACUCAGGGUCCGCUCCCAAACACGGUCAUCGACUUCUGGAGGAUGAACUGGGAGUACAAUGUCGCUGUUAUUAUAAUGGCUUGUCGAGAAUUUGAGAUGGGAAGGAAAAAAUGCGAGCGGUAUUUUCCAUCACGAGACGAGGAGCCCUUGAGUUUCGGCCCUUUCAGAAUCUCCUGUGAAUCGGAGCAGCAAAGAACGGACUACUUUAUCAGGACUUUGACGGUGCAGAAUAAUAACGAAACACGGAGGAUAUCUCAGUUCCAUUACAUCAACUGGCCCGAUCACGACGUCCCAUCGUCGUUCGACUCCAUAUUGGAUAUGAUCGGACUGAUGCGGGAAUACCAGGAGAACGACGACGUUCCUAUUUGUGUUCAUUGCAGUGCAGGUUGUGGGAGGACGGGGGCUAUUUGUGCCAUUGACUACACGUGGAAUCUUCUCAAAGCUGGGAAAAUUCCAGAGGACUUUAACGUUUUCCGGUUGAUCCAAGAGAUGAGGACGCAGCGGCACUCAGCUGUCCAAACAAAGGAGCAGUAUGAGUUGGUUCACAGAGCAAUCGCUCAGCUUUUCGAGAAACAACUGCAACUUCUGGAGAGCCCCACCAGCACGCAGAUACAUGAUGGCAUGAACGAAAGCAGUCCGGACAAAACGAGCAUUCAGUCAGACGAGGAACGAUGGGACACCCCGCCGCCUAAACCUCCUCGCAUUCGAAGUUCACAGGUGGAAGGCGACGUUAAGGAGGAGAUUCUCCAGCCCCCCGAGGCUCACCCCGUCCCCCCGAUUCUCACCCCGUCUCCACCGUCUGCUUUCCCCACCGUCACCAACGUGCGGCAGGACAACGACCGCUACCAUCCCAAACCUGUCAUACAUGUCCUGGAUACCACGCAGCGAAGCCUGAAAGAGAACGAAGAAGCGAACAAGCAGCAGAACCGGUCCGAAUCCAGUCUCAACAAACCUGCCAGCCAAUCAGAGCCCAGGGAUCCGAAUGUACAAAGCCAGAAUCGACAGACCCAGGUCUCGCACCUGGACCUGAACGACAACUACAACAGCAAAUCCUCGUCGACGUCAACAAAGUCCGAGUCGGGCCCGAGCCAGACUCCGACGCCCUCCUCGCCCCUGUCGCCGGUCGUCGAGUGCUGCGGCGCCCCUCGGAUUGAGAGGAAGCUCAGCAUAGAGAUCAAAAAGGUUCCGCUGCAGGAAGGACCUCGCAGCUUCGACACCUCCUCCUCCACGGGAGCCAACAGUUCGACCACCAGUGGCUCCACGCUGCAGAGGGCCCACGCCUUCAAAGCCCGUUCCGGUCAAACCCUGCUGACGUCCAGCUCUUCUCUGUCGGAGGACUCCGGGACCGAGGGGGGGUCGGGCGGAUGCGGAGAGAGCCACUCGGACGAGGGCGUCCUGACCAGACCCAACCACCUUCCCGUGACGAGUGACGGCAAGGAGAAGACGCAAGACGCGAAACCCGGCCACGCGACAUGGACGCACUCCUGCAACAGCCCCGAAAAACCGUUUCCGAAGACCUCCUCCUCCUCUUCCUCCUCGGACAGAGCCGCUCCAUCCUCCUCUUCCUCGUCCCACAUAUCCUCCUCCUCGUCGUCGUCCUCCUCCUCCACUCCUGUCAGGACUGCGCUCAGUUUCACCAACCCCCUGCACUCCGAUAACUCGGAGGAGGAGGGGAACGAGGAGAUGUCCGAGCUAAAGGAGGGUUAUCACAAAAACGUCUCCACGGCGACAGGCACCGUGACGACCUCGCCUCCCCUUGGGACCCAGCAGUCGGUCAGAAAGGUGCUGCCCAUGUCCAUCGCGGGACAGAAGAUCCCAUCACCCUCUGCAAGCCCAACAAACUGCUGGGACAGUGACGACUCUCCUCCCCCUCUCCCUGAGAGAACCCCCGAGUCCUUCAUACUGGCCACAGAUCCUCUGGAAGUGAAAACAUCAGCCUUAGCUGAGUGGAGCUGCUCACAAAAAGAUGUCUCUGAUUGUUCUGAGGCGUCGCCGGUGGUGUCUGCGUCAGACGGCGGCACAGCAGGAGUUAGCAAAGUAGACCUGGGUGGGGUUCGGUAACCGCUGCACUCAGCCCAAAGGCCCUCGAGAACCCCCUGUGAAGUGGACAUGAUGGAAGGAUCCAUCCACCAUCGGCUGCUUUCCCUGUUAGGAUACGGCAUCCUGACUGAUCGGCCCAAAAAAGAACAGGCUGGCACACAGGAAAAGAAAAUAAGAGACUUUUAUUCCUGAGUUUUUGCUCCUCACAUUGUUGACUUCUGUAGAAGCUGACAUGGGAUCUCUCUCUGUUAUACUGAUAGCGGGCUAAAAGAAGAGCCUAGUUUCUUCUUCUUUUUUUUUUUUUUUUACACUAAAUGAAGCGAGAUCUAAGAGACUCUUAAACUAGUUUCAAGCCAAAUGAGAAGAAAAGCAACUUCAUCAGGAAAAGCUAGAGAGCGGCGAAGCAGAUCUCUGUCCCAGAAGUGGUUCUGCUGCCUCCCGCUGAACGAACAAUCUUCAAAGCGAACUUAGAUAAUCUCGUACUCAUGAUGCAACCUUUUCAGUUGGGUAUGCAGAGGUUGCCUGGGUACUUUCUCCGACUUCUUUUGUAUUGCUGUCUCUCUCUUUGUCUCUUCUUUCUGGUGCUACUUCACACGAGAUCAGGAUGGAUACUGGAGCGUUGAGGGUUUUCCACCAUUCGGUAAUUUUUCUAUCGGGUUCCACUGUUUUCCAUUUUUACGCCCUUUUUUUUUUUUUUUUUUUUUUUUUUGGCGUCCGAAUGCUAAUGGGAUAUUUGCUAAUUACACUGUUGAAUAAUGACACCCCUUCACCUAAGUUCAAAGUUUUACCUUUAAAUCUAACUUUGAGUCACUAAUGUGUGAGAAUUUCCCUUUUAUUUUUCUUAUAUGCUUUAAUCUAUUCGCUACCGAGUCUGAGAAACUCAAGUGCAGAAAGUUUUAUUUCUAUUUAUUCUAUUUUUUUUUUUACUUAAUCUGUCAGACCAAUCAGUUAAAUGUAGCUUGGGCUGCAAGAUUGAUGGGGGAGUUUUUGAAACAGCAGAAAAAUUCAUAAGUCAUUUGCAAAAUUGGAAAGAUCAAUCGUUUAUUUAUCAGAACUUAAAAUGUCAAAAAAAAAUGUAUGUUUCUGGUUUCACUUUUCGGGGCCCCCUGGUAAAGAUGUGUCAAAAGCCUAAAACUAAAUGUAUUUUUUAUUCCAGUAGCGCAAUCCUACACUGAAAACAGAUUUUUAUUUAAGAAUAUCUGCUACUAAUUAACAUUAACAGAAAGAGCUCUAGCUGUUUUGUACUCUUAUCAGUAUUCCCAUUGUUUGUGGAAGAGAAACGGGCCCACAGCAUCACGGAUCCACUACUGUACUUAACAGCAGGCGCAAAGCGGUUUUCAGCAUCUUCGUUCUUUCACACCAAACCCACCUGGACUGGUUAAUGUGGGAAAAGCUUAAUAUUAAUUUUGUUUGACCAAAAUGCACAGCUUCUGAUCACUGUUCUAGAGCUAAUAGAAACUUAGUAAAUUAUAAAGUAAUGGAGAAGUGUAAAUUAUGAAACGUUUAAGUUGCAUUUAGUUAAUUGAAAGAGGGACCAACGAUUGUUCCAGCUGUGACUUUGUUUAAAAACAAUCUUAACUUUCGUCCCCUCGCUGAAUAAAUGUACUGACAUUACAUGCUGGACUUUUCAACAUUUCUCUGUAAGAAUUGUUUCUCUAAUAAAAGAUGAAUAUUU